CAUCGUAUAUAUUGGCAAACCCUAGCGAUUGCAAGACCCUCCCACUCAAUUUCACCCACCGUCGCAGAGAGGCGGCCAUUGAAGCUCAGACGAAGCAAAAGCAAUAGCAAUGGCGAGGAUUAAGGUUCACGAGCUGCGACAGAAGCCGAAGGCGGAUCUGCUGAGCCAUCAGAAGGACCUCAAGGCCGAGCUCGCUCUCCUUCGCGUCGCCAAGGUCACCGGAGGUGCGCCGAACAAGCUCUCCAAGAUAAAGGUGGCAAGGUUGUCGAUUGCGCAGGUAUUGACUGUGAUCUCACAGAAGCAGAAGGCUGCAUUGAGGGAGGCCUACAAGAAGAAGAAGUACUUGCCGCUUGAUCUGCGUCCAAAAAAGACUAGAGCCAUCCGAAGAAGGCUUACCAAGCACCAGGCGUCUUUGAAGACAGAACGGGAGAAGAAGAGAGAAAUGUACUUCCCCGUGAGGAAAUAUGCUAUCAAGGCCUAGGCGGCACUCACCAUGCAAUUUUUCCAUUCUAUAUCCUCCAAUAGAGUAAUUUUCAGCUUCUGUCUCACUCUUAGUUUCUUCUUAUUUGACCGAUAUCCAGCUAGCAGAGUGAUUUUGUUUGCCUUUGGACUCGUUACUGCCUCACCUAAAACUAGAAUACUAGGUAGUGUUAUU